AUGUGGAACAGGCAUAGGCUGAUACUCAUUACCGUUGGAGUUUUGUUCCAUUUGUUCUAUUUAUGGUCUAUUUUUGACAUUUACUUUGUUUCGCCUUUGGUUCAUGGUAUGAACCAAUACCAGAGUACAGACAACCCUCCGGCAAAACGACUGUUCCUCAUCGUCGGUGAUGGAUUACGUGCUGAUACUACGUUUGAUUUGAUCACUCACCCAACUUCGGGAAAAACCGAAUACCUGGCUCCAUACAUCAGAUCUCUAGUUCUUAACAAUGCCACGUAUGGAAUUUCACACACUAGAAUGCCAACUGAAUCUCGCCCAGGCCAUGUUGCAAUGAUUGCUGGUUUUUAUGAAGAUGUUAGUGCUGUUACUAAGGGGUGGAAGGAGAACCCUGUCGAUUUUGAUAGUUUCUUCAACCAGUCGGCGCAUACAUACUCCUUCGGUUCCCCAGAUAUUCUUCCAAUGUUUAAGGAAGGGGCUUCAGAUCCUAGCAGAGUAGAUACGUGGACCUAUGGCCAUGAGUUUGAGGAUUUCACUCAGUCAUCUAUUGAGCUGGAUGCAUAUGUGUUCAGACACCUGGAUGACCUUUUCCACAACUCGACCAGAGAUUCAACUUUGAAUGAUGAGAUCAGAGGAGACGGGAAUGUUGUUUUUCUUCAUUUGCUAGGUUGCGAUACUGCUGGUCAUUCCUAUAGACCUUAUUCCGCAGAAUACUACGAUAAUGUUAAGUACAUUGAUGAUCAAGUUUCGAUGUUGAGUGAUAAAGUCAGAAGCUUCUUUGGUGAUGAUGAUACGGCUUUCAUCUUUACCGCUGAUCAUGGUAUGAGUGCGUUCGGCUCUCAUGGAGAUGGUCACCCAAAUAACACAAGGACACCAUUGGUCGCCUGGGGAGCAGGUUUAAACAAACCCUUGAAAAAUGACUAUCCAGUUUUCGACAAUUACACUUUCACUUGGGGCUUGGAAGAUGUUCAGCGUCAUGAUGUGAAGCAAGCAGAUAUUGCUUCAUUAAUGUCUUACUUAAUAGGUGUCAAUUAUCCGGCAAACUCGGUUGGUGAGCUACCUUUGGCUUACAUUGACGGCAAAGAGAGUGAUAAAUUGCAUGCUCUAUACAAAAAUGCCCGUAGCAUUUUGGAACAGUACCUAGUAAAGGAGAAAGAGAUCAUCGAGUCGCAAUUCACUUACAAAGAGUACCACAAGUUUGCUCACAGGCCUUAUCAGAAAUACUUAUCUGAUAUUGAAGGCUUGAUCGAUAGAAUAGCUCAAGGUGAGAAUGACUUGGCACCCGAAGCCAUAUAUUUGACAGAGGAAUUGAUGACGACAACGUUAGAAGGAUUACAGUAUCUGACUACUUAUAAUUGGAGAUUUAUCAGAACCAUCGUGACCUUUGGGUUUGUCGGUUGGAUCACUUAUGCAUUCAUAAUUUUCCUGAAGCUUUAUAUUCUGGAAAACAAUUUCGCAGACUACAGCACGUCAGCCGGUAACCUCUUCCUUUUUGGUGCUCUGGGAGUUCUUCUCAACUGGGUUUUGUAUUAUCAAAGAUCUCCUUUCAACUUUUACAUGUACCUGAUGUUUCCGCUAUAUCUAUGGAGUAAGAUCUUCACUAAUAAUACCAUCCUACGCGAAGGUCUCAAAGAGUUCCUCAAGGGUACUUCUUUCAUGCAAAGAGUUGCUGUUGCGAUGGCGAUUUUUGCAGUUUAUGAAGGAAUAGUUUAUGGAUUCUUUCAUCGUUGGAUUUUUACCAUCAUUUUCAAUGUCCUAGCAUUCUAUCCGAUUUACUGCGGUGUUUCUCAGGUAUCAACUAAUUUGGGAUGGAUCCUUACUAGCGUCUUCCUAUCUACAUUCACUCUUUAUGAUGCAGUGAAGAUUGAAAGCUUGGAUCAAAUUACUGUGGCAGGCAUUUUAAUUAUACUGACCUCCAUUUACGCUCUGAAAAAUGUUUUUAAGAGUAUUGGAUACUACACCUUUUUCUUGCUUCUAAUGCAAAUUUCAAUGGUCAUCGCAAUGCUCUUGGUUACCCAAAAAUCUGUCACAUCGCUUCAGAACAGACAAGGUCUACCUCGCGAUGCACAAAUAGGUGGGUGGUCGAUCUGCUUCAUAUCGCUCUUCAUUUUACCUAUUUUCCACUAUUUGAAUCCGAAUAAUGACUAUAAAGUCAGACUUCUAACGAUAUACUUGACUUUUGCACCCGCCUUCAUUAUCCUGACAAUCUCUUUCGAGUCACUUUUCUACGUUGUCUUCACAGCUUAUCUUGUCCAAUGGAUUGAGAUAGAGUACCAUAUCAAACAGCUGAAAUCUCAUGAUAACCACCUACAGCUCCUAAGGGUUGCGCUCAUCGGUUUUUUCCUGCUACAGAUAGCAUUUUUUGGCACAGGUAAUGUGGCUUCAAUUUCGUCAUUCUCCCUGGACUCCGUCUAUAGACUGUUACCAAUCUUUGAUCCCUUUCCCAUGGGAGCUCUGCUAAUGCUGAAGUUGAUUGUUCCAUACGUUCUCCUAUCCACAGCACUAGGAAUUCUGAAUCUCAAAUUGAACAUCAAAGACUAUACAAUCUCAUCUUUGAUCAUUUCUACCAGUGACAUCCUAUCUUUAAAUUUUUUCUAUUUGUUGAAGACAGAAGGUUCCUGGCUAGAUAUAGGUGUCACUAUAUCCAAUUACUGUUUGGCAAUUCUUUCGUCCCUCUUCAUGCUAUUACUCGAGAUCAUUGGCCAUGUUUUGCUGAAAAACGUCACCAUACAGAGAAAAGUCGAUAAGAUCAAGAAACAGUCUUAA